ACUGGUGGUGAGACGAUGUAUGGCGCAGGCAAUGCCGUGGAUAGAAAUACACUUACGUGUAUGAGGACAUUAGAAAUAGGAACUAGAUCUCCUGAUAAGACAAUGUGGUGGAGGGUGGAUCUGGAAGGUCUGUACAGCAUUUACAGCAUCAACAUUAUCUUUAAAAAUUACGAUGGUCUUGAGAAUAGACAACGUUGCCGUUUUGCUGAAUUUUUUCUGUAUGUAUCAACUACUGGUGACAUAUUAGGGUCUACUCUGUGUUACAAAGACGGCCUACACUUACCGCCCCUGGACUUUUCAACAGUAUGUAUAGAACGUGGAAGAUACGUCAUCUUUUACAACGAACGACUUGAUGGAGCAAUCUACCCGGAUGGAUAUGAACUGCUAAAUGUUUAUAUUGAAAUUUGUGAAGUAAUAAUACAAGGGUGUAACCUAUCUGGAGUAUACGGUAGUAACUGUAACACGACAUGUCCCAUCAACUGUAGAAACGACACAUGUCACAUACAAAAUGGGACCUGUUCUUCAUGUAAAUCCGGAUGGACUGGAAUAUCGUGUGAAAAAAAGUGCAAAGAAGGGUGGUUUGGUGGAAAUUGUAGCCAAGUGUGUUCAGGACAUUGUAGAGACGCUGCUUUCUGUAAUCACGUGACUGGUCUAUGUGACAAAGGGUGUGAUUCUGGGUGGACUGGAUAUAUGUGUGAAAUGGAGUGUGUUAGCGGUACCUAUGGCUAUUACUGUGUCAACAACUGUAGUGGUCACUGUCUGGACAACUCUCCAUGUAACAAACAGACUGGACACUGUGACAGGGGAUGUAACCCUGGAUAUACUAAUAAUUACUGCAGCAAAAUAUGUCUACCUGGACAUUACGGAACAAAUUGCAGUGAACGAUGUAGCGGUCAUUGUAUAAACAAUGAACCAUGUGACCACGUAAGCGGUGUAUGUCCUGAUGGUUAUGAAGACGGUUACACGGGAAAACUAUGUAACAAUUCAUGCGCUGACGGGUUCUACGGUACAAACUGCUCCUUGAGGUGCCCUCCCAACUGUAUAGCAUGUCGACACACAGAUGGCUAUAGUUCCUCUUGCAAAGAAAGAUAUUAUGGCAGAAAUUGUUCACUGGUUUGUUUUCCUCACUGUAAAUCUGUCACCUGUCAACAAACAGACAUAUUGUGUACAUGCGAUGUAGGUUGGAUGGGGGAUAACUGCACAGAAGGUAUAUAG